AUGUUGGAGUUAAUGUUGGAAUUGCAAUGGAACUACGUAGGGAUAAUUUAUGAAGAUGACGAUUAUGGUAAAGAUGCAGCUCAACUUCUGAAAAAACUGACAUCGGGUAAAGGCAUCUGCGUUCCUGUUUACUCUUCGUUUAAUAACACAAAUAGUGACGAUACGUUUCAACUAUUUGUAAAGAAUAUUUUGGAUCUUAAAGUGGGUGGCAUCAUUUAUAUUGGCUCCGAGAAUUUAAUUACGAAAUUGUUGGGAUUAUUCCAGUCGUCGUCUUUAGUCCGUGACAUUGAAAUAAUCCUAUCAGAAUCCAAUAGACUGAAUUCUCUUUAUUUACGGAGACUUGGGCAAGAAUAUUUCUCCAUUUCUAGAGGAAUAUUGGUAACAAGUGCCCCUAAAAUUGAGUUACAGGAAUUUACUGAAUACUGGAAAAACAUAAAGACCAAAACAUUUUCCCAGUCGUGGAUUAGUGAAACAGGCGAUGCUGGGAUUCUGGAUUCUAAACAAUCUGUGUAUGUAAAUUACGCUGUGAAAGCAGUUUUGGUUUUAGCUAAUCUGUUAAAGAAACUGAGUCAAAAGCAUUGUAGUGGUAGCAAUACCAUUUGUCCACAACUUCGUCAUUUAUCUAAACAAACAUAUAUUGAUGAAAUGGCCGACUUAAAAAUAAAUCUUACGGCAGAAUUUCCAUACACAUCCCAAAUGUUCCAGAAUACCUUAGCUGAGAAUAUCACUUUCAAAACCAACAGAGAAAUUAACUACAACUCCGAACCGAAUCGGCAAGAAUACGAAGUCUUUAACUUUCAACAAUGCACUGGAGUUACAAACUGCAGAUUUAUAAAGGUUGGUGAUUACAGACUGGGGACGCUGAGUCUAAGCAGAUCUCUCAUAAGUAGUUAUCCUUUGGGAGAGAGCCAAGGCCCAAACACCAGAUUUCCAUCUGUUCAAUGUCCUAACGGGACUGACUGUAUAAAAUGUAUCCCGUCUGAUAUAUCUGACCAUGUUAUAUUUGUGGAAGGAGAUUGGUACGUUGUGGCGGUUGUCCCUGUAUUUAUACCUGAUGAAACAAAUGCAUUAAUCUGCACUAACACCAUCAGAGAUUCUUUGGGGAAUGACAUCGCCGAAAGCAUCAAAUUUGCUAUUGAGGAGAUUAACAACCCAAACAACACAUUGAUAUCUUCUAAAAAGAAAUUAGGGUUGAUUGUGAUAAAUGGGUGUGCAUCUGAACUUGUAAUUAAAGACAAAAUGUUACGUUUACACAAAGGAACUUAUGAACUCAGACCCGGAAUGAAAAGUUCAGAGAUUAAUCACAGAUUUCUUGGUUAUGUUGGAGGGAUGAGCGGAAGUAUGAGUGCGGCCAUGGCUGCAGUUCUGGCUAAACUUGGUUACAUCCAAGUAUCCUACGCCUCGACCAGCCCACUUCUUAGUGACAGAACUCUUUAUCCCUAUUUUCUGAGAAUACCUACUGCAGACGACCAACAAGCAAAAGUCGUUAUUGAUAUAGUUACCUCCCUUGAUUCAAACAUCAUCCAAGUUAUUUACACCGAGGGGGCCUAUGGAGGUGGUGCUCAUUCCACAUUGGAGAAACUUGGCAAGGACGCAGGAGUAUGCGUUAUAGGUCAUCAAAUUCCCGUAACCACCGAAUACACUUUGUAUAAUGGUUUGCUGGCUAAGUUAAGAGAAACUCCACAAGCUAAGUUAGUGGUGACUUUUGUAAGGUCACAUGUUUUUGAGCAAGUUGUAAAAGCUGUGACUGAGAGAAUGGCGGAAAGUGAAUUCAUAUUUAUUGGAUCUGAAACAUGGGGAAGCAGAGAAAGUGUCAUUCCUGAACAGCAACGCAACGUUUAUGGGUCUCUGAGUAUUGCUUUAGAGUUGCCUAACAUUCCAGCAUUCGUCUCCUAUCUCACCAAGCUAAAUAUCAAUGACCCGUCUGAUCCAUGGCUCCGUCAAUUCUUAGAAAAGGGAGGAAAGUGCAUAUUUACCGGAAGUUUCCAAAGAGCUGUGAAAGACGAAGUCCUUGGUAAAACCAAAGAGUGUGACUUGGAAAGUUUGGCGAAGUCACUUUAUGACCAAUGGAUACCAUUUGCUGUGGCCUCAACAAAGGCUUUGGUUAAAGGCUUAGAAAAUGUUCUCAGUUCUACACAAUGUGGUCAGCCUGCAACGUCGUGCCCUGAACAAAACCCCUCACUGUUGGCAGAAUACAUGAAGAAGAAUGUGAAGUUAGAUUUAUAUGGUAAAGGCAGCCAGGAAAGAGUUUUUGAUGAUAAUGGUGAUGGUGUUGUCAAAUACAAAAUAAUGCAUAUUGCUGCAGGAGGAAAACCAUAUACACAAGUUGGGUCAUGGUCCAAAUCACAAGGCAUCAUCUUCGAUAAAGAUUCGUUAACCUACCCUGUUACAGAUUAUAAUUCUGUAUGUCUAACAGAUCAUACAUGCAACAAAUGUUUCCCUGACAAGAUGCAGAAAGAAAGUCCGAAGAAGUCCACAGAUUUGACAACUCCUGCUCUCGGUGUGCUAGCAUGUCUCCUGGGUAUUGCCGUUGUCAUUAUAGUCAUUCAGUGUUACCGAUCGCGUCGUGAUUUAACAUUGAAGGAACCACAUUAUGCUGAAGCCGUGGACAACUGUAGGAAUGAUAACGACAGAGAUUCGACCAAUCGUUCAGAUUGGUAUUUAACAGUCUCGUCCACUAGCGGUUCAGGGUCGCACACUCAUUCGACAGAUGACACGUAUUUAACAGCUCAGACAGAUGACACGUAUUUAAAAGCUCAGCCAGAUGAAACACCCCAACCAUGCCAAUCAAUACCAUCUAUCAGUAAUUAAUUAUAUGUUUUCACCUUUUUCUCCCUUUUGUGUGAUGAAGCUUUUGUAGGCCAAAAGGCCCCCAUUUCGAUUCCCGGUGUGGACCGAGUACGUCUUUCGCGAUUUUUCAAGAUGGCCUUCACUCGCCAGGGGUGGCGCUUGCAAAGCUGGCAAAGGAAGUAUGUCUGGUCGGUUUGAGGGAGAUUACAAAACGACAAAAAUAGUAAGAAGUCUGUGCAUUACCAUGUUGUUAUUAAGUAUAGAAUAAAUAAAAACAAGGUAAUGCACGGAAUAUUCCUAUUUUUCUCGUUUUCCCUUGGCUAGUGACAUUCAAUUACUUUUUUAAAUUAUCAGAUAUCCUCUCAUAGCCUAACAUAACAACUCUUGGUCUUCGAAGGAAUUAUUAGAGAGCAGACAUUUGCCCGUGUAUCCGUUAUCAGUCGUCACUUCAGUCAGUUAUAUAGAAGGAUAACUCGUGUUUUCCUUUUGCUUUUGUCACUUUCUUUUUUUUGAAAUCUUCAUAACGCAUCUAUCGUAGCAAUGAUCUCUGUAUUAAAGUUAUAUUUGGAACGUGUUAACCAGUUUUAUCACAUAUGUGAUAAUGACUGACACCAAUAUUGUCCUUUAAUUGUUUAUUUUUGCAUGUAGAUUCUUUUGCUACUCUCCUCUUUGUGGAUGACAGGAAUAUUGGUACACGGAUAUCAAGAUAUACAUGGUUGCUGUCAUUAAAAAGUUUGAUCAUGAAUAUAAGUUGCAAGAAUACAUUAUCUAUGAAUAUUAACGAGUGUUGUUUGUAAACUAAGAACGAAACUUAUCCCCAUGCGCUACUCAUCUUCAUGUUGCUUUUCUUGUUAUUUAUCUCCCUUGAGUGGUAAAAUCAUACAAUAUUUACAAUUGAUCAAAAGUUAUUCUCUUGUAAAACGAAAACCACUAACUAUUCCAAGCACAAUUCUAACUCUUUUGGUAUUAUUCUGACUUCCUCGCAGAAUAUGUUUGAAUAUGUCAAAGGGGACAUUUUAAAAUAAAUGAAAUGAAACGUUCUACCAUUCUAAGCAACAGAUAUAAUGGAGAUGGACACAUCACAUGCAAUGUGAUAAAUUUUUCCCCUGCAGCGGCGUUUCCGGACAGCGACGUUUCCAAACAGUGGGCUUUCCCGGCCAGCCACGUUUUUGGACAGUAGGCAUACGCGGAGGAACCUCAAUUUUCUUUCAUCUAAACGGUUUUCCUUGCUAAGCCCCCGGCCAACAUCGGGAUCGAACUUGGAACCUCCUUGUUAGUGAGCCAACCCCCGGUUCUGCAUCUCGGCCACCACCGCAAUCGAUCCCGGAACUUCCUUGUUAGCUAGCCCACAACCUAACCCAGCAUUUAAAAAAAUUACAGGAUUAUCUUCAUACGUUUUCGUAAAUUUCCAUUAUAUUGAGCUAUAUCCCAAUAAACGAGAUGUGUUGAUAUAUAUAAUUAUG